AUGAACCUUGCCUUUAUUGUAGGCCUUUCUUCUGAUAUGCCCAUUUGUGCCUUAUCCGGCCCAGUCAACUUGGCCACUUUCACCAGCUUCUCCACUGGCGAGCAGGAUUCAAAUUGUCCUAUGUCAACUUCAUCAUGUAGUAUCAGUCUCCUAAGUGAUGUCAGCGUUGAAUUACUUCACUUCAUGCUCACCAAGCUGCUCGAGGGACCAGACCAUCUGGGAGUCUCUGAUCAUCUACUGGAUCAGUUAGUUUUUAAACUUAAAAAAGGUAUUCCCAAUCUCAUUUAA